ACUGCACUGCACUGCACUGCACUGCACCGCGUUGAGCGCAGGGCACUCUCAGACCACGCACCGUCCCGCCACCCAGUCUGCCGACUGUCAAUCAAUUCUCCGCUCGAGUCGCCGUCUCAAGCUGCCACCGCUCCUCUUCCUACCACGGUACCUCUAGCGCAGAACCGGAACCGCAACGAAACCGGAGCCGGGCUCACGUGGAGGAGUAGACGAGCGCCUCGCCGAGACCCCAAGCACCCGCCGGCGACUUUGUGUAUCGAGCAUGCCCCAUGGCCUUUUGGGUGCUCGGCGGGGGCGAGAGCAGCCUCCCUCGGGCCCAGGAUGUCUCUCCUCCCCCGCAUCUUCAGCAGUGGCAGCAGCAACAUCGCGGUCGCGAUGCUUCAGGACAGGCUUCACACCUCGAUCGUGGCUUGAGAGGCGGCGGGGAGGCUACCGCUGGCGGCGUCAGCUUCGGCUCAGGUCAAUACUACGAGGAUGAGGACACUCCGGUGAAAAGGUCGAGGACGUUACCGUGGACGGUGAGCGGUGGCCAAGACUACAUGAGCAGAUAUGCCGUCCACAACAACCACCAUCGUCAUCAACACCGGCAAGCCCACGAACGGCAUCAGUACAGCCGGCAUCCUGACAACUCGGCGCCCCUUUCUCCCGACCUCCGCCACUCCGUACCCGUCAACAAUCUCGCUUUUCUCGUCAUUCGCGAAGGCGAUUCCUCUCCGCUCAAUCAAGUACCGUCUCCAACUCCCUCUCCCGAACCGCCACAGCUCCUCUUCCGCUCGACGUCCGACCACAGAAAUGAUGCCAUUCACUUUGGUACCGGCAUGACAGAGCCCAUCUCCAGGCCAGGCACUGCGCCCUGCCCGAUGGCUGCAAUGCCAAUGGAACGCACAGAGUCGGGCCUUUCCAUUUCAUCGUCCGCGUCCGCCGGUGAUUCUCUCUCCGAUACGGACUUCCCCCUACCUCCCGGCGUCACUCUGCUCUCUGAUCACUCUGCUGCGCAGCUUGUCCGUAGCCACAUCGCCUCUUUCCGCCGUCGCUUCCCCGAUUCGCAACACGAGCGCAUUCUUCGGGCACUCAUAUCCCCUCGCACACGAGGUACCGACUGGCCUCUUGACAAUGACGCGCUACGCAGCAUCUUCAGCGCUGCCAACGAGCUCUUCUUCGCCAGUCGCCUAACCCGUCGCGUGACGUGGGACUGGAGCCAUCCAGAUUGGGGUCAGUAUGAGAGUCACAUCGUGGGUACCACGGCCGUGCGCCCUUGCGCGCGGCUGGGCGGUUGGGAAACCUUGAUUGUGCUAUCCUCACCCAUCUUGCGCGACACAAAGUACAACAGGAGGCUGCUCAUUUCGACCUUCCUCCACGAGAUGAUCCACAGUUUCAUGUUUGUCAUGUGUGGGCUCAAGGCCCGUGAGGCGGGCGGCCACACGUACGGAUUCCGUCAGAUUGCCGCCAUCAUCGAUGAGUGGGCAGGCAGGGAGUACCUGCGGAUGAGCGACAUGGAGGCUGAUUUGGAGCGCUUCCGCGGUGACGUGUCCUCAAAUACGGAUGAAGUCGGCACCAGCCAGGCGAAGGCAAUGACAGCAGAACAGCGCCGUGCCGGCGGAGGGAGGGACGAGUUUCUCAUGCAGCCGAUAUCGCUGUGUCAACACGACGGCCAACACAUUCAGCACGACGGCCACGACCACCAUUUCGGUCAUCAGAAAUACGACCAGGCAGCCUAUGGAGAUUGGCAGUGGCAGCCGCACGAGGAUUUUGGGGCGCGCGAUCCACCAACGUCCUCGGGCUUGUCAUACGUUUACUGACGGGGUCUGUUCACGGGGAGCUGUCCCCGACUAUUUCAUGUUGCCAUAUUUUCUCUUGUUUUCUUUCUCUCAAAUCACAUGUAGCAGCCAGCAUGAUUGUGGAGUUUUUAUAUUUAUCUUGGACACAUCUGCAGGGUCCAGCACAUUUUGCCAUUUCAUCGGGGUGUGGGUUGAUUCCGGGGAUAGAUGGUGUAGUGAAAAGCGACGACGGAGGAGCAGGGUUGUUUCGCGACACCAAAUUUCAAAAGAAAGCUCAGCAGGCAAUGUUCAAUGCAGUGUUCAUCAUCGAAAGUUCAUAUACCUGUGAGACCUCAGGCACGGUGUUGUAAGAGGAAUGGUGAGCAAGUCG